AUGUCGCUAGUGGCCAACUCCUGCUGGUACAGCCCCCAAUGCGUGGGGAUCAACGACUUGCAUGAGAAGGUCCUUCGUGGCUGUCCCAGCUUCGAGAUGUGCUGCUUCUUCGAUGGCCACCACGGUGCGCGCUGCUGGGAUGCCCAAGCCGGCUACACCUACGAGCGGUGCUGCUCCUUGGGCUCCGAGAACAACGAGCGCCACAUCCCCUUGUGGCACUCACGGUGGAUCUUGCUGGAGCUACGCAAUGGUGGGUACUUGAACAUCUCUCAGGAGCCGACCAGUAACGAGUGGGCCGCUUAUCGAGAUGAGAACAUCCCAGGACUCCUUUGGAAGUCCGCCUAUGCGAUGUUCCGUUGGCUGGAGGCCCUGGCGGCUCCUCCGUUCCAGAUCUUCAGAGGGCGCCGAGUGUUGGAGCUGGGCGCGGGGAUUGGUCUACUGUCCAUCAUGGCGGCCUUGGGAGGAGCAGCCGAGGUGGUUUCCACAGAUGCCUCCUGGAGCUCAGUGGGGCUCAUUGAACGGAAUGCGCAGUACACGCACACGCGCGGUGUGCGUGGAGCGGUUGCGGCGCGGCAGCUGGAUUGGGCCAAUGUGACCAACAUGCAGUCGGAGCGAUUGGCGCGGAGGAGACUGCAAGAUCUUCAAAUAGGCCCUGGCCCUUUUGAUGUGGUGAUUUGCUCAGCGCUCGGCUAUGUGAAGUUGACCACCUUCAAGGCCUUGCUAUGCAUUUUGGACCUGGUGACCGAUCAGCAGAGCCUUCUCCUCUGGGGCGGUGGCGGCAGCUCCACCAACGACCUCAACGUCAGCGCUGCGUGGCCAACGCGCGGGGGGCGAAAGGAUGAGAAGCUGCAGCUUUUGCUGGAGGCCUUUCGGAUUGCGGGUCGCCCGUUUCACCUGGGCGGGGAAGGCGCGCUGAAGGAUUUCAAGUCCUUUAAGCUCCGGAGGCGAAGCCGUUGGCCCGGCUGCUGGAAAAAGGUGUGGAUGCUAGCUGAGGGUCGCUGGUGCAAGCGCGAGGGAGCAACUGAGGGAGCAACUGGGGGCAUCCACCUUCCCAUAGUUCAACAGGGAGCCGUUCGGACUUGCUAG